CUUCUUCAUUGUAAAAUAGCAAAGAAAAAGUUUUGUACAUUGGCCGUCAAGAAAAUUUUCCGAAAUUCGAAGCUAAUUCAUAUGGUGAAAAAAUUUCUUUCGUUCUAAAAUGAACCUCGAGAAGACUCUUUUAGUUUCUUCCACUGAUUGACCAUGAAAAUCGAUAUUCAAUAGUAAAUCUUUUUCAAAUUCAAAUACCAUUUUUACUUUUUCUUUUUAUGUUCUUCGUGGAGGUUUCUUAGAAGAUAUAUAAGAAUAAUAAGAAAAUAAUUUCCUUUCAAUCGAUCAUUCAUCUAGUUUUCUAAAAAAAUCUCACCAUAGUUCCAUGACUGAGAACCCCCAAACUUAAAGUUUACCUUCCGAUGACAUGAAGGUAAGUUUUUUAAUCAUUAGUCACAAAUCUUUUCCAUUAGUAAGUUUUUUAAUCAUUAGUCGCAAAUCUUUUCCAUUAGUUCUUACAACCGUAACAGUUUACCAAGUAAACCUCAUGAUGGACGUAGCAAAAAGGAAGAUGAAAUUGUGGAAUGAUUAAAGAAGCUGGACGGAUGACACACUACCAGUAAAAUCCAAUUAUACAUGGCUUCAGAUAAUCUUACAGUACUGAAUGCACUUGACACAGCUCGAACCCAAUGGUACCAUGUCACUGCUGUUGUGAUUGCUGGAAUGGGAUUUUUCACCGAUGCAUACGAUCUCUUCUGCAUCACCACUGUCUCUAAACUUUUAGGCCGUUUGUAUUACUACGACCCGGCUACCCAUGCCCCGGGCAAAUUGCCUCAUAGUGUUAACAACUGGGUGAUCGGAGUUGCUCUUGUUGGUACUCUCACUGGUCAACUUGUGUUUGGAUGGCUCGGGGAUAAACUUGGUCGAAAGAAAGUUUAUGGACUUACAUUGAUUCUGAUGGUCAUUUGUGCACUUUGCUCGGGGUUAUCUUUUGGUUAUAGUCGAAAAGUUGUAAUAGGGACACUCUGUUUCUUCAGGUUCUGGCUUGGAUUUGGCAUUGGGGGAGAUUAUCCUCUUUCUGCUACCAUCAUGUCUGAGUACGCUAAUAAGAGAACGCGUGGAGCGUUUAUUGCUGCUGUUUUCGCUAUGCAAGGGGUUGGGAUCAUAUUUGCCGGCCUUGUUUCAAUGAUUGUAUCUAAAGUUUUCCUUAUGAAUUUUGGGGGUAAAGCGUUUUCUACUGAUGAAGUUUUCUCCACGGAGCCUGAGGCGGAUUAUGUCUGGCGGAUCGUCUUGAUGCUUGGAGCUCUUCCGGCUCUUCUUACCUAUUAUUGGCGAAUGAAGAUGCCUGAAACAGGGCGUUACACUGCCAUUAUUGAAGGAAAUGCUAAACAGGCGGCCAUUGAUAUGGGGAAGGUACUUGAUAUUGAAAUUCAAGCGGAAGGAGAAAAAUUAGCUAAAUUUAAAGCAGCUAAUGAGUACUCUUUACUCUCCAAUGAGUUCUUCAUGCGCCACGGACAUCACUUAAUUGGUACAAUGACUACUUGGUUCUUGUUGGACAUUGCUUUCUACAGCCAAAAUCUCACACAGAAGGAUAUAUUUCCGACCAUGGGACUUGUUAGCAACGCAAAGAACAUCUCUGCUUUGAGGGAAAUGUUUGAGACAUCGCGAGCUAUGUUUGUGAUUGCCUUGCUCGGUACAUUCCCUGGCUACUGGUUCACAGUAUUCUUCAUCGAGAAAAUGGGGAGGUUUAAGAUACAAUUAAUGGGGUUCUUCAUGAUGUCUGUUUUCAUGGCGAUCAUUGGAAUCAAAUAUGAUUACCUAAAGACUAAAGAACACAAAUGGACAUUUGCAGCUCUUUAUGGUUUAACUUUCUUCUUUGCCAACUUUGGUCCCAAUUCAACCACAUUCGUGCUCCCCGCGGAGCUAUUCCCUACCAGGGUGAGAUCCACUUGCCACGCCCUGAGUGCUGCGUCUGGAAAGGCAGGGGCAAUGGUUAGUGCAUUUGGGGUGCAGGAAUACACGCAAGACGGAAAUGUUCACAAAAUCAAGAAAGCCAUGUUGUUUUUGGCAUUCACAAAUAUGAUUGGAUUUUGCUGUACCUUCUUAGUGACGGAGACAAAAGGCAGGUCACUGGAGGAAAUUUCAGGGGAGGAUGAGAAGCAGAACGAGACGCAGAUGAAGAGUAAUAGGACUGACUCUGGCCGUCAAGACGAUGGAUGGGAUUGAAACCAGGACAUAUAAUAUUGGCAAGUUUAUCAAAUUCAGCAGUACUAUACAUAGAUGCAUAUAUAGGAUAAGUAUAUUGCUAAUAAGUGAGAUGUCACCUCCAGAAUAAGGGCUUCAUGAAGCAAGGAAAUUCGUAUAGUAGUUUACCUUCACCACUUCGCGUUGUAGUUGGCGGAGGAUUAAUUUUGUAUUGUCUUAUCUCCUGUCCUACUCCUUCCCAAAGUGUUUUAUUUCCUUUUGCCUAUCAAAUGAAAAGUGAUAUAUGGGUUAAAAAGUAUUUACAUUUUGUGAAAAAAA